ACCCUGGGAGAGGAGAACAGCUGCUCACGUUGUUCACCAACAGUCUCCAUGUCUGUGCGCGAAUCUGCCUGAUUCUCCUCCGAGACGCCACAACUUAGCAGAACUUUGAGAUGGAGACCCGGUUCUUAUGGCUGACGCUGGCGCUGUCAGCCGUAUGCGCAACCGCUCAGGACGCAGACACCGGAGCCUCCUCCGAGGACAUCCCAGAAGGAGCAUCCACCCUCGCUUUCGUGUUCGAUGUCACCGGUUCCAUGUACGACGACCUGGUCCAGGUGAUAGAAGGAGCCUCCAAGAUCCUGGAAACGUCUCUGAGCAGACCCAAAAAGACGCUGUACAACUUUGCCCUGGUCCCCUUCCACGACCCAGAGAUAGGUCCGAUCACAAUCACGACAGACCCGAAGAAGUUUCAGUAUGAACUGCGAGAGCUGUAUGUUCAGGGCGGUGGUGACUGUCCUGAGAUGAGCGUUGGUGCCAUCAAAAUUGCGCUAGAGAUCUCGUUGCCGGGAUCGUUUAUUUAUGUCUUCACAGAUGCACGUUCCAAGGAUUACAAACUGACCCACGAGGUUCUUCAACUCAUUCAGCAGAAGCAGUCACAGGUUGUGUUUGUGCUGACUGGCGACUGUGAUGAUCGGACUCAUAUUGGCUACAAAGCUUAUGAGGAAAUCGCCUCCACCAGCUCAGGGCAGGUCUUCCAUCUGGACAAGAAACAAGUCAAUGAGAUCCUGAAAUGGGUGGAGGAGGCUGUCCAGUCCUCGAAGGUCCACCUGUUGUCAACAGAUCACUUCUCAGGGGUCAGCAACAUUUGGCGGAUGCCCUUUGAUCCCAGUCUCAAGGAAGUCACAGUGGCCCUCAGCGGACCGGCACCAGACAUUGAAAUAACAAACCCAAUGGGAAAGGUCAUGAGGAAGAGUGAUGGUCUGACUGAGCUCUUGCACAUUCCCAAUUCUGCCAAAGUCGUGAACAUCAAGGACCCACUGCCAGGGAUGUGGUCCAUCAAGACCUCAAGUGAAGGUAGACACUCCGUCCGUAUCUCUGGUCUCAGCACCAUUGACUUCCGAGCUGGCUUUUCAAGGAAACCAACGCUGGACUUCAAAAAGACCAUCAGUCGGCCAGUUAAAGGUAUUCCUGCCCAUGUCCUGCUCAACACCACCGGACUGGCUCCGCCUGCUCGGGCAGACAGACUGGAGCUGCUGUCUGUCACUGGAAAAGUAUUGAAGACAAUGCCAGUCCCUUAUUUCCCCCAGCGUGAACCCUAUGGUCUCUGGAACAUCACAGACUUCAUCCCCCCUAAUGAAGCCUUCUUUCUGCGACUCACUGGAUAUGAUCGAGAUGGUUUUUUGUUCCAGAGAGUCUCUAGUGUUUCAUAUUCAAGCAUCGUACCAGAUUCCCCCAAAGUGACGAUGCCUCCCACAACCCACGGUUAUUACCUCCAGAAAGGGGCGGUUAAUUGCCACGUAGAGAGUCUCAUUCCAUUUACGCUACGCUUUAGCAGGGAUGGGAGAAGACUUGGUGUGGAUCUGCUGUUCAGAGAGUCGGACAGAGGAUCGUGGGAGAUUGAACAGGUCACUCUGAAGGAUGAGGGCUACUAUGAAUGUGUUGCGGUCAGCAGUGCAGGGACGGGACGAGCUCGGACCUUCCUGGAUGUGUCGGAGCCCCCUCCUGCCAUCUCAGUCAGCAAUGUCACCGUCUCACCCAGUGCCAGUGCUGUGCUCACCUGCCACGUAGUCAGCACCGUUGGUUUUAACCUCACCUGGCUACGAGGAGGACAGGAUGCCCGUCUGGACCCUCGGGUGCAAAUCCUGACCAACCACUCCCUGCAGGUGUCUGCCGUCACGCCAGAUCACGCUGGCUGGUAUGAGUGUGUCGCUAUCAACGAGGGAGGACUGACAGCUGAACGUGUCUACCUCGUCGUCCAAGAGGAGCCUAGAGUUUUGGUUAAUCCCCAAAACCAAACCUUUGCAACAGGAGAUGAAGUGAGGAUCAGGUGUUCUGCCAGUGGUUACCCUGUGCCUCGUCUGGUGUGGACACACAAUGACAUGUUCCUCAUGGCCACAAACAGACACAGGAUGAAACCUGAUGGAACCCUGGUAAUUAAGAAGCUGCAGAAAAAAGAUGAAGGCGUGUACGGCUGCCUCGCGAGCAACCAGGCUGGAACAGACACAAUGAACUCCAUUCUGACCUACAUUGAGUCGCCAGAGGUGACAGUGGCUUUGAGUGAAAUAAUGAUCAGCAUUGGAGAAACCGCAGUGCUGGUCUGCUCUGCCUCUGGACUACCUCCGCCUGAGAUCUGGUGGUACAAAGAUGAUGUCCUCAUGAGAACCACCCCCUCUUUGGAUGUUGACCCGCUGGCUGGUGUGUUGACCAUUAAAGAUACACAAUUGGCUGAUGCUGGAGACUACAGAUGUAUGGCAGUCAAUCCUGCUGGUACAGCAGUGGGAAAGAUCUCUCUGGACGUUGGAGCUGCACCACAGUUCACACGAGAGCCGUCACAUGUGGCGAUGGACAUUGGAUCAAACGUGACGCUCCCCUGCCUUGCACAAGGGCACCCUGCCCCUCAGGUGACCUGGAGGAGAGAAGAUGGCUGGCCUCUUCUCAACAGACAUCAUGGGCAUGGAACCAUCAGUCUGCGAAGGGAUGGUCUUUAUAUAACUAAUUUGUGGGUGGAGGAUGAGGGCGUGUACAUCUGUGAGGCUCAAAACCAUUUUGGCAAGAUCCAGACUCAAGCUCACAUCGCAGUGACAGGACUGGUGUCUCCAGUCAUUGCAAUGAGUCCAGCUGUGCUCACUGUGAUCCAGGACCAGCAGGUGACGUUACCUUGUGUGCUGCUGGCUGGGAACCCGCUGCCAGAGAGACAGUGGCUGCACAAUUAUGGCCUGCUGAGCUCAGACCAGUACGUGUCUGUGAGGAGAGAUGGAAGCCUGCACAUUGAACGUGCCCGGCUGGAGGACAGUGGUGACUACUCCUGCCUGGCUGAGAAUGUUGUAGGGGCCACCAACCACACAACUACCCUUUAUGUCUAUGUGAUGCCAACCAUCCAGCAUGGACCUCAAGUGUUUAGCACGAUUGAAGGCACCCCAAUUUCUCUGCCUUGCCGUGCCACUGGUGUACCAGAACCUGAGAUCACAUGGUCCAAGGGAGGGGAGCUGCUUUACUUGGGUGGUCCAGCUUUCUCACUGGAUCCUAGUGGAGGUCUGGUCAUCACGUCGCCCUCGGGGAAAGAGGCCGGAGAGUUCCUCUGCUUGGCUACAAAUGCUGCCGGCUCUGCUACUAUUAAAGUCCAGCUCACUGUUUAUGUGCGUCCAAGGUCAAGCACGGAUCCAGAAGACACAUCUGAGCCUGUGAAGGUGACGGUGGUGGAGGGUGAGGAUGCUGUUUUGCCAUGCGAGGUCCUGAGUGUACCGCCACCCUCGAUUAGCUGGGCCAAAGAGAGUCAACUUAUCUCCCCUUACUCGCCCAGACACAGUCAACUUCCCACAGGGUCGAUGAAGGUCUUGGAGACCAAAGUGUCAGACAGUGGAAUAUACGUGUGUGUUGCCUCAAACAUCGCCGGCAAUUUAACUCUAUUUACUGAGCUCAGUGUUCUGGUCCCUCCCAGCAUCCAGGCAGGUCCCAGAACCAUGAAGAUACAGAUGGGAUACCCUGUGGAGCUUGCCUGUGUUGCACAUGGAGUCCCAAAGCCCACACUUAUCUGGACCAGGGAUGGUAACAGCUUCUCAGCCAAGCCUGAUGGAAGUCUUGCCCUGGGGCCAGUGACUCUGGAUGAUGAAGGAACUUAUACCUGCACAGCUACUAACGCUGCGGGCAGAGACCAAGUCAAUGUCAAACUUCAGGUCCAAGUUCCCCCAGUGGUAGAGGUACUUGAGCCCCCCUUCAAUAGACCCCUACAAGAAAGAGUUGCCAAUCAACGUAUUGCUUUCCCUUGCCCUGCUAAAGGUCUCCCUAAACCAGUGAUCCGCUGGUUGCGCAACGGUCAAGAACUGUCUGGUAAUGAACCUGGUGUGUCCAUCCUGGAAGACGGUACGCUGCUGAUCCUAGCCUCUUUGUCACCCUUGGACAACGGCGAGUAUGUCUGCACGGCUGCCAAUGAUGCUGGUUCUACAGAGAGGAAGUACCAGCUCAAAGUAAACGUGCCACCAGACUUUCAUGACAGUGGCACACCAGGCAACAUGUCUGUGGUCCUGAAUCAGCCAACAAAUCUGGUCUGUGAUGUCAAAGGCAGUCCAACCCCUGUGAUCACCUGGUACAAGGAUGGAAAUCCUGUGGUUCCAAAUAGCAACGUUCAGGUUCUUGAUUUGGGAAAGACUUUGAGACUCCUGCAGGCAGCUACGGAGGACGGCGGAGAUUACAGCUGUAAAGCUAUCAACAUCGCCGGCAGCACAGAAAAAGACUUCUUCUUGGACGUACUAGUUCCUCCCUCAAUUGAAGGUGCAGCGUCUUCCCAAGAUGUCUCCGCCAUCCUCAAAAAGGAGAUAAGUCUGGAAUGCAAAGUGCAUGGAGUUCCAUUUCCCACCAUCCAGUGGUACAAAGACAGAAAAUUGGUGUUUCUUGGUGAUCCAAACUUCGAGGUUACAGAUCGUGGUCAGGUUCUGAAGAUAAAGAGUGCCAGACUGGGCGACCAGGCGAAGUACCAGUGUAGUGUUGUUAAUACAGCAGGCAAACAUUCCAAAGACUUUAAGCUGAGUGUUUAUGUUCCACCGUCCAUCAAAGGUGGCAACCUCACGACAGAAGUCACAACCCUGCUGGACACGGUGGUAACACUGGAGUGUGAGGCCCGUGGAGUACCACUUCCCACCAUCACUUGGUACAGAAAAGGGGAAGCCAUUGUGUCUCACCGGCAGGCUCAGUAUGUAGAGCGUGGACAUUAUCUCAAGAUCCCGCAUGUGCAGGCUUCCGAUGCAGGCCUGUACACCUGCAGGGUGACCAGUGCGGCCGGGACAGCUGAAAAGAGCUAUGAGCUAGACGUUUACUUGCCUCCGACAAUAUCCGGAGGAAGUGACACCCCAACUGAGAUGAAAGUGGUCCUCAGUAAACCUCUGAUACUGGAGUGUAAGGCUGCUGGCUAUCCUCUCCCUUCUGUGACCUGGCUGAAGGAUGGAGUUCCUGUUCGGGACGGUGAAAAUGUCCUAAUUCUUGAGCAAGGCCAGAAAAUCGAGAUCCCAUCAACCUCGGUGUCUGACUCGGGGCAGUACUUCUGUGUGGCCACCAGCAUCGCAGGAGAGAAGGACGUGCAAUAUGAUGUCAGAGUUUUAGUGCCUCCAUUCAUUGACGGUGGAGAUGACGUGACGGGCAGCACGGUGAUCAUCAACAGCCCCCUGGAGCUGGAGUGUCAAGCCUCUGGAACGCCGUCACCUGUUAUAACGUGGUACAAGGAUGGAAAACCUGUCAGACAGAGUGAAGGACUGAGGGUUGCAGCAAGCGGUAGACGACUGAUCAUUUCCCGAGCCCAAGUCUCAGACACAGCCCGGUUUCAAUGUGUAGCCACCAAUGAAGCAGGAGACCAUGAGCGGGAUUUUGAUGUUUCUGUCCAUGUUCCACCUUCGAUCCGUGCCACCGGUACUGCUGAACGUGCAGUGGUUCUCCACAAACCCACCAGUCUGGAGUGCAUCUCCAGUGGUGUUCCCCCUCCCAGUAUCACCUGGCUCAAAGAUGGGCGGCCUUUGGACACCACACAGGAGCACCUAAACCUGGAGUCAGGAGGGCGAUUGCUCAAGGUCAUAGGUGCAAAGCUGGAGGAUUCUGGGAAAUACACUUGUCUGGCGACUAAUGCUGCCGGCGAAACUCAACAAACCAUCCGUCUCAGUGUCCAUGAGCCACCCCGUAUUCCAGACUACAAGGACGUGGUCAACCGUACUAUCGUGGCUGGUUUUCCCAUCGAGCUUCAGUGCAAAGCCACAGGCAGCCCGCUUCCUGCCAUCACCUGGUACAGAGAUGGGCGACCUCUGACCUCUGCUGCUGGGGUGACUAUACUAAAGCACGGUCAGGUGCUUGCGAUUGAGAGGGCUCAGCUGUCAGAUGCUGGGAUUUAUAAAUGUGUAGCGGUCAAUGUGGCUGGAGCGGCAGAGAUCUCUCACAGUCUGCAGGUGUUCGUGCCUCCUGUGAUCUCCAGCCGUGGCGGCACAGUAACAGUGGUGGUUAAUGAGGCUGGCAGGUUGGAAUGUGUUGCUUCUGGAGUUCCAUUCCCAAGUCUCACGUGGCUCAAAGACGGCAGCCCCGUGGCCAGUGUGUCCCAUGGAAUACAGAUAUUGUCAGGUGGCAGAGUGCUGUCUCUCAGCAGCGCCCAGGUCAGUGACACGGGCAGGUACACAUGUGUGGCCGUCAAUGCUGGAGGAGAGCAACAGCGUGAAUACGACCUGAAAGUUCAUGUGCCCCCAAAUAUCAAAGGUGAGGAGGCUAAUGCCACAGUGAUGCUGGGUCAUCCGGUGGAGUUGCACUGCCAUAGUGAUGCGAUACCACCCCCCACGCUAACGUGGCGCAAAGAUGGACGUCCACUGUUUCAGAAGUCGGGCCUGACUGUCUCAGCUGAUAGGAGUCUUCUGAAGGUUGAUGCCGCCCAGAUUCAGGAUUCAGGCAGAUAUACAUGUGAGGCCACCAAUGUUGCAGGGAAAACGGAGAAGAACUAUAACUUGAAUGUCUGGGUGCUACCCAGUAUCCGUGGCUCUGAAGAGGUGAGCCCACUAACUGUGAUGGAAGGUACUCUGACCACAUUGGUGUGUGAAUCCAGUGGUAUCCCGCCUCCCAGCCUCAUCUGGAAGAAGGACGAUGUGGAAGUCAAGCCAAACCAGAGGCUCAGAGUUUUAUCAGGAGGUCGCCAGCUUCACAUCUCCAAUGCUGAAAGAACAGAUUCAGGUUCCUUCACCUGCACGGCUACCAGCGCUGCAGGCACCACCUCUAAAGACUACAGCCUUCAGGUUUAUGUCCGGCCGUCCAUCAGACGCAGUGAGGGGAAACCAAGUGAUGUCAUCGUGACUACAGGCGGUGAUGUCAGCCUGCAGUGCUUGGCGGAUGGCGUCCCUCGACCUGCAGUUUCCUGGAUGAAAGAUGGACGUCCAAUUGCAGGCCAACAAGGAGCAAAGGUCUCGAAUGAAGGGAGGCUGCUGCAGAUUAAAAAUGCCAAAGUGUCAGACACAGGUCGCUACACCUGCAUUGCUGUUAAUGUGGCAGGGCAGGCUGACAGCAAACAUGACGUCAGUGUGCAUGUGCCUCCCAGCAUCAUAGGCAAAGUCCACUUCCCAGAGAAUGUCAGUGUUGUGGUGAAGAACCCAGUUGGUCUUAGCUGUGAGGCUUCAGGCAUUCCCCUUCCAACCAUCUCGUGGCUUAAAGAUGGUCGGCCAAUUAAGGGUUCCAGUUCUGUGCGAGUCCUCUCAGGGGGGAGAAGCCUGCGCCUCAUGCAUGCUGCAGUGGAAGACGCUGGGAGAUAUACCUGCGUUGUGUGGAAUGCAGCCGGAGAAGAGAGGAAGAACUUUGACCUCAAUAUCCUGGUCCCUCCCAACAUUGUCGGUGAAGGAACAGUGAUGGACACAAAGGUCAAAGAGAAACACAACUUGACUCUGAACUGCGACGUUUCAGGGAACCCGGUGCCAGAUAUCAUAUGGAUGAAAGACGGUCAACAGGUGGUGCCCGACGCUCGGCAUCAAGUGCUGUCUCAUGGCCAUUUCUUUCAAAUCUCUGGUGCCCAAGUUGUAGACACUGGCAGGUACAGCUGUGUAGCAUCAAACAGUGCGGGAGACCGCAGUAGGCAUUUCAACCUCAACGUCCUGGUUUCCCCAACUAUUGCUGGGUCAGGUCCUGAUGGUUCUGCAGAGGAGGUGACAGUUACACUGAGCAGCCCAACAUCACUGGUGUGUGAAGUCCAGUCGUACCCACCGUCCCUGAUCACCUGGUUGAAAGACGGAACACCGUUUGAAUCAAGCCGCAAUGUCAGACAGCUUCCAGGUGGAAGGACACUACAGAUUCUCAAUGCCAAACAAGAGGAUGCUGGGAGAUACACUUGUGUGGCCACCAAUGAAGCAGGAGAGAUGCUUAAACACUAUGAGGUCAAAGUGUUUGUUCCACCACAAAUCAAUAAGAAUGAUAUACCAGGUGAAGGACUGUCCCCUAAAGAGGUCAAGAUCAAGAUCAACAGCACUCUGACUCUGGAAUGUAUAGCUCAGGCUUUCCCUACGCCCGUGCUGCAGUGGUACAAGGACGGGCAGAUCCUGCGAGUGGAUGAGCAUGUGUCCAUCACAGGCAAUGGCCGCAUCGUUCAGAUCAAACACACCCAGGUCUCAGACACUGGACGUUACACCUGCGUGGCCACUAAUGUUGCAGGAGAGGACGAGAAGGACUUUGAUGUAAAUAUACAAGUUCCACCUCAUUUUGGCAGAAUUGGGGGACUCGGUGACACCACAUCCCCUUCUGGCUUUGGGGUAGAAGCCAGGGAAGUAAUACUCAAUAAUCCCAUCUCUCUCUAUUGUGAGACCAACGCUGUUCCCCCACCAACUCUCACCUGGUACCAAGAUGGGCAGCUGCUCAGCUCAAGUGAUAGUGUUUUGAUCCUUCCAGGAGGAAGAGUGUUACAGAUCUCCAGAGCUCAGACAGACCACUCUGGCAGAUACACAUGUGUAGCCAUCAACGAGGCCGGAGAGGACUCCAUUCAGUAUGACAUCAGAGUUUUAUUGCCUCCAACUAUAAGAGGAACAGAAAGUGACUUGCCAAGUGAAGUGACGGUUCUGGUCAACAAAACUACACAAAUGGAAUGUUAUGUCGAUGGAAACCCUGCUCCUAAGAUUACCUGGUUCAAGGACAACCUGCCGAUUAGCUCCAGUAGUUUGAUCAGGAUUACUUCAAAUGGACGGAUCAUUCAGGUGAUGGACGCCCAGGUAGCGGACACGGGUCGUUAUGUGUGUGUUGCUGACAACAUAGCAGGAAGUGCAGAAAAGUCAUUUCAUCUUAAUGUUCUUGUACCUCCUGCCAUUUAUGGCUUCAACCCUGAGAAUGUCACAGUGGUGGUGAACAAUUUUGUGUCCCUCUCAUGCGAAGCCACUGGGUUUCCUCCUCCGACUUUGAGCUGGUUGAAUGAUCGAGGCCCAAUUCAAGCCAAUGCCAAUGCUGUCAUCAUGCCAGGUGGUCGAACUUUACAGAUUCUGAAGGCAAAAGUAUCUGACGGUGGAAAAUAUAUUUGUGUGGCCAUGAAUCCAGCUGGAGAGGCAUAUAAACAGAUUUACCUAACGGUCUUUGUUCCGCCCAUCAUUCGGGACAGCGGUGGAGAAUCACCUGUCAUUUUCAAUGUGCUCGUUGAGAAAUCUGUAACUCUUGAGUGUGAGUCUAACGCUGUUCCGCCUCCCACGAUAACGUGGUACAAGAAUGGCAGGAUGCUCACAGAAUCAGAAAACUUGCAAAUCCUGGCGGACGGGCAGAUGCUUCAGAUCAGAAACUCAGAGGUUUCUGAUACGGGACAAUAUGUGUGCAAAGCCACUAAUGUUGCUGGACAAGUGGACAAGAACUUUCACUUGAAUAUUCAUGUACCUCCUAGUAUCGAAGGUGCAGCGGAGGAGGAGGUGGAGGAAACCAUCAGUAACCCAGUAACCUUUGCAUGUGAGGCUACUGGAGUCCCUCCACCCAACCUUAUUUGGUUGAAAAACGGAACUCCCAUUGACAGCACUGGUUCUUUGGAAAUGCACAUCUUCUCCAGUGGCAGUAAGCUUCAAAUUGCUCGGUCACAACUUUCUGACAGCGGCAUUUAUACUUGCCUGGCCUCUAACUUGGAGGGAAACACACAGAAGACCUACCGCCUCGACAUACUGGUUCCUCCUAGUAUCUCUGGAUCUGAGCUGCCCAAAGAGGUCGGAGUUCUUCUAAAUGAAAGCAUUCAGCUAGUCUGCCAAGUCCGAGGAACCCCGACUCCCUCCAUCCAGUGGUUGAAGGAUGGAGAACUCCUGAACAAUACAGUUGACAUGGGAUUCAGGAUCAGUCCGGAUGGCAGCACACUCACGCUGACAGAAGCUCAGACGGAAGACAGUGGCAAGUUCACCUGUGUGGCCACCAACAGUGCUGGCGAGGAAGACAGAAUAUUCAAUCUGAACGUUUAUGUUCCACCUGUGAUUGAAGGCAACAGUGAGGCAGCAGGGCAGAGGACUGUCACCCUGGACAGCUCAGUCAACAUAGAAUGUGUAGCAACAGGCUCUCCCACACCACAGCUCAACUGGCUGAAAAACGGUCUUCCUCUGCCAGUGUCCUCUCAUGUUCGACUGCUCUCUGCUGGACAGGUGCUACGGAUUUCCCGUGCUCAAGUGUCAGAUGGUGGCACUUAUACUUGUGUUGCAUCAAACAGAGCUGGAGUGGACAAUAGACAUUUUAAGAUCGAAGUGCAUGUCCCACCAGUUGUGGAUGGGGUAGGAAGUGUAGAGGACGUGACCGUUGUGAGAGGGAACUCAGCGUCGCUGGUGUGUGUUGUUGAUGGAUCUCCUGCUCCGACUGUGUCCUGGCUCCUGGACGGGGACACCCUUCAGCUGGACCCUCAUCUAAGGCUCCUUAAGCAAAAUACAGUCGUGGAGAUCACACAGGCCCACGUCAAUGAUUCUGGACGCUACUCUUGUGUGGCUAACAACACAGCCGGUCAAGCAAGUCGGCACUUCAAUCUAAAAGUACUUGAGCCUCCCAAUAUCAAGGACUCUGAGGCACCAGAUGAAGUAUCAGUUUUGUUUAAUGACAUCCUGGAGAUGCGCUGUGAGGCCUCAGGUAUCCCUGCACCUUCACUGACAUGGCUGAAAGAUGGACGUCCACUGCCCCAGACCGACAGUGUGCAGCUCCUCGGAGGAGGAGAAGUACUCCGAGUGGCCUCAGCACAGCUGGAAGACACCGGCAGAUACAGCUGCUUAGCCAACAGUCCAGCAGGAGACGAUGAUAAAGAGUUUCUGGUUCGAGUGCAUGUUCCUCCUAAUAUCGCGGGUGAGAGCACACCUCAGGAUGUUUCAGUGCUGCAGAACAGGCAGGUGACACUUGAGUGCAAGUCAGAUGCUGUUCCACCUCCCACCCUCGUCUGGCUCAAAGAUGGUCUGCCGCUUGAGGCCUCUCCCCGUGUGCGAAUCCUUUCAAAUGGACGGUACUUACAAAUCAACAUGGUUGUGGUCAGCGAUGAAGCAGAGUAUACAUGUGUGGCAAGCAACGUUGCUGGGAACACAACGCGCCAGUUUAACGUGGCUGUAAAUGUUGCACCUACUAUUAAAGAUGGCCCCCAGACUGUGUCAGUACAUGUGGACAAGCCAGCAGUGCUGGAGUGUAUUGUAAGUGGUGUACCACCACCACGUGUCACUUGGAGGAAACAUGGAGCACUGUUGACAGAGAAUGUUUCCCGGUACACAUUUGGAGAGGAUGGCUCUUUACUCAUCCACUCUGCUCAAGUGACUGACACCGGCCGCUACUUGUGCAUGGCAACUAAUCAGGCGGGAACACAACGCAAGAGAGUGGAUCUCCAAGUACAAGUCCCUCCAUCCAUCGCUGAUGGUCGCACAAACAUGACGGUCAUGGUGAAUGUUCAGACCACCUUGUCCUGUGAGGCCACUGGAAUUCCCAAACCUACUGUCAGUUGGAUGAAAAAUGGCCGCCGCAUCAACGUAGACCAGAACCAGAAUAUGUACAGACGGCUUUCGUCAGGGUCUCUGGUGGUGAUCGCCCCCACUGUGGAGGACACAGCAGUUUAUGAGUGUGCCGUCGUGAAUGAGGCUGGAGAAGACUAUAGGUCCAUCAACCUCACUGUUCACGUUCCCCCAUCAAUUGCUGACGAACCCACUGAGCUGGUUGUAACCAGACUGUCCCCAGUGGUCAUUGCCUGCACUGCAUCUGGUGUGCCAGUGCCAACAGUCCACUGGAGUAAAGAUGGACUGGAGCUUCCCAACCAGGGUUCAGGGUACCACGUCAUGAACACAGGUCCAAUUGAGAUCACGUCAGCUGAGCUCCAUCAUUCUGGACGUUACCUGUGUGUGGCGAGGAAUGCAGCGGGAUCCACUCAGCGUCACGUUCAGCUCGUAGUGCAGGAGCUCCCAGUGAUCCAGGACCACCCGCAAUUGCUGGAUGUGAUUCUCAACAACUCCAUCAUGCUUCCAUGCAAGGCCUCAGGCUCACCAAGGCCAACCAUUACCUGGCAGAAGGAGGGGAUCAAUAUACAUACGACAGGUGGAAGUUUCACAUUGCUGCCCAGCGGGAGUCUGCAAAUCUCCCGAGCUUCUGUGUCUGAUACCGGCACCUACAUAUGUGUAGCUCAGAACCCUGCUGGCACCGCACUGGGCAAAACCAAGCUAAGAGUUCAAGUCCCUCCUGUCAUCAGCUCAGAGAGCCAGAAGUAUGUGUCACCUGUGGACGCCUCCGUGACACUGGAGUGCCAAGCUGAUGGCUCGCCUCCCCCAUCGGUCACAUGGCAUAAAGACGGGCAGCUACUGAGUGGGUCAGUGCGUCAGAGAAUUCUGAUCUCAGGCUCACUGCAGAUCGUCUUCGUUCAGCCAAGCGACACCGGACGAUACACUUGCACUGCUGCAAACGUCGCAGGGACGGUCAAUCUGGAGAUGAGCUUGAUGGUACAGAUCCCUCCUUCCAUUCUUGGGACAGAGCAGCAGGUAGUGGUGGUUGAAAACAGUCAGGCCCAGCUGGCGUGCUUUGCUGAGGGCGUCCCUCAGCCGACAGUGUCCUGGGAGAGAGACGGAAUGUUGCUCAGUGACAACGCGAGUGUAUACACCUUCCUGCCAUCUGGAGAGCUAAUGAUCGACAGUGCUCAGCCAGAAGAUGCAGGCAGCUACACAUGCGUUGCCACAAAUGCAGUCGGACAGGACAGUCGGACGGUCGAGCUCUCUGUUAACACCCACCCUGAAUUCACUGAGCUGUUGGGAGAUGUGGCUCUGAACAAGGGAGAGCGCCUCCUACUGACCUGCGAAGUCAGUGGUAUCCCAGCACCAAGAGUCACAUGGGCCUUCAACAACAAUAUCAUUCCAGCUCAUUAUGACCACAUGAAUGGUCACAGCGAGAUGGUGAUAGAGCGGGUGACCAAGGAAGAUUCAGGCACCUACUCCUGUGUUGCAGAAAACAUUGUGGGAACCAUCAAAUCUCUUGGAUUUGUCUACGUCAAAGAACCACCAAUCAUUGAUGGAGACCCCCAUUCCAACCACAUUGAACCUCUGGGAGGCAACGCCAUCCUCAACUGUGAGGUGCGUGGGGACCCCCUACCUUCCAUUCAAUGGAGCAAAAAUGGAAUUAACAUCCAGAUCAGCAACCGCAUCCGUCAGCUGGACAACGGUUCCUUGGCCAUAUAUGGAACAGUGAGUGAAGAUGCAGGUAACUACAUCUGUGUGGCGACCAAUGAUGCUGGCGUGGUGGACAGAAGUGUCACUCUUAAGCUACAAAGGGCACCAACUGUCACGGUGGAGCCCAUGGAUGCUGUGGUAGAUGCAGGUACCACAGUGGUGCUAGACUGCCAGGCGGAGGGUGAGCCCACACCUGUGGUCGAGUGGUCCCGUCAGGGACGUCCACUGCUGAGUAGCAAUCACUUCUCCAUCAUGAAAAAUGGCUCACUCAGGCUCAGCAGCACUCAGAAGGAGGACACUUCUGAAUAUGAAUGUGUAGCUAGAAACCUGAUUGGAUCUGUGAUGGUCAGGGUCACACUCACUGUGCAAGUUCAUGGGAGGUAUUCUGAGUGGUCAGAGUGGGGAGUGUGCAGCGUCACUUGUGGAGCAGGAGCCCAAACAAGACAGAGACUAUGUGACAAUCCUCGUCCGGCCAACGGCGGGCGCCACUGUGAAGGGGUGGAUGGAGAAACACGUGGCUGUCAUGGGAAACCUUGUCCUGUGGAUGGAAACUGGUCAGAGUGGUCUUCCUGGGAAGAGUGCUCACGGAGUUGUGGGCAAGGCAACAGAACCAGGGUCCGGUCCUGCAGUAACCCUCCUGCUCAGCAUGGGGGUCGCCCUUGUGAAGGGAAGGCAGUGGAGGUCAUCAUUUGUAGUGUCAGACCAUGUCCAGUGGCAGGUAACUGGGGUUCGUGGCUCCCAUGGACUCAGUGUAGUGAAACCUGUGGUAAGGGGAUGCAGUCGCGAAUCCGACUCUGCAACAACCCCCCGCCUGCAUUUGAUGGUCCGCAGUGUGAGGGCACCGAUACUCAAACCCAACUUUGCAAGGAGAAGCCUUGUCCUGUGGAUGGCAAUUGGUCUUCAUGGAUAAGUUGGGGUGCCUGUAGUGUCUCAUGCGGAGGUGGAACCCGUCAGAGAGCCCGCCUCUGUGCUAGUCCCGCUCCACAAUAUGGUGGCAGACAGUGCGAGGGCAAUGAUGUGCACAUUGACUUCUGCAACAGUGACCCCUGCCCUGUGGCUGGUAACUGGGGUCCGUGGAGCAGCUGGGGCAGCUGCAGCAAGACCUGCAACGGAGGUCAAAUGAGGCGCUACAGAACAUGUGACAACCCAAGACCGGCCAAUGGGGGGCGAGCGUGUGCAGGCACGGACACGCAGAUACAGAGAUGCAGCACAUCGGAUUGUCCCGUUGAUGGUAACUGGGGAUCAUGGCAGCCGUGGGGAGAAUGUUCCGCGUCCUGUGGAGCUGGAGAAAAAACCCGUGUCCGUCUUUGCAACAACCCGUCUCCCAUUCACGGUGGUCGUCCGUGUGCAGGGGACUCUUCGCAGCUGUCCAGAUGCAACACUUUGUCCUGCCCAGGUGGACCCCAGACAGCGAGAGGAAGCAUCAUAGGGAACGUCAAUGACAUUGAGUUUGGUAUUGCCAUCUUGAAUGCGACUGUCACGGAUGGAAAAUCAGGCAGCAGCGUCAUCAAAGCUUCCAUCACUAACAUACCAAGGAGUCUAGGCCCUGCGAUGAGGAAGCUCAUCUCCAUCCUGAAUCCCAUCUACUGGACCACAGCAGAGGAAGUUGGCGAAGCUGUUAACGGCUACACGCUAACUGGAGGCGUCUUCAGGAGAGAGACACAGGUGGAGUUUGCCACAGGCGAGAUCUUGAGGAUGACUCAUGUUGCCCGUGGGCUGGACUCAGAUGGAGCGUUGCUACUGGACAUUGUGGUGAACGGACACAUCCUGCAGCUGCCCUCACAUGCCGACAUCAGCAUUAAGGACUAUACAGAGGACUACAUCCAGACCGGGCCAGGUCAGCUCUACGCUCAGUCCACUCGCAUGUUCACCAUUGACAGGGAGAGCGUCCCCUACUCCUGGAAUCACACCAUUUCUUAUGACGUGUCCCGGGGGAAAAUGCCCUAUCUGGUGGAGAUGCUGCGUGCCACUGCCAUUAGUGCUCACUAUCACCCUCUGGAGGAGAUGCUCGAAUUCACCAUUCGAGCCAGUAUCACAAAAGGUGAACGGAGCAACCAGUGUCCUCAAGGCUUCACCUUGGUCUCGGCUGGGCCCUUUUGUGCUGAUGAGAAUGAGUGUGAAGUUGGGAACCCCUGCUCUCAUGAGUGCCACAACGUCAUGGGCACCUACUACUGCUCCUGCCCGCGAGGUCUCACCAUCUCAGCUGAUGGCAGGACAUGCCAGGAUAUUGACGAGUGUUCUCUGGGAGGAAAUGUGUGUCGCGACGGUCAGGACUGUGAAAACACCAUUGGUUCAUACCGAUGCGUGAUGCGUUGUGGGCGAGGCUUUAGGAGAACAGCUGAUGGCCUCAGUUGUACAGACAUAAACGAGUGUCAGGAGUCAAACACCUGCCAUCAGCUCUGCCUCAACACAGUCGGAAGUUACCGCUGUGGCUGUGAGCCAGGCUUCCAGCUCCGGAAUAGGCGUUGCAUUGAUAUUAAUGAGUGCAGACAGAGAGUGUGUCGCUCGGACCAGCAGUGCAAGAACACACGUGGGGGCUACACCUGUAUUGACCUCUGCCCGAGUGGAAUGACCAAAAGUGCCAACGGAACUUGUCUAGAUAUCGAUGAGUGCAGAGACGGCACUCAUCAGUGCCGGUACAACCAGAUCUGUGAGAACACCAAGGGGAGCUACCACUGCACCUGUCCCCGCGGAUACCGCUCACAGGGAGUGGGCCGGCCCUGUCUUGAUGUAAAUGAGUGUGAGCGGCUUCCGCAACCUUGCGCCCACCGGUGCAUCAACACGCCGGGCAGCUUUAAGUGCACCUGCCCUCCAGGGCGCCACCUGCUGGGUGAUGGCAAGUCCUGCGCUGGUCUGGAGCGGCUGCCCAGUUACGAGAGCUACUCGUACGGCUACCGGACGUCUCAGUCGUCCCCCAAUCACAGCUACCAGCGGCUCUACCACAACCUGGCUUCUCAGAGCUUUCACUCCUACAACGCCAACACAAGGGGGCAGCAGAGGCGACGUAGUCGCAGAGAAGCCGAUUGUCGGCAAGGGUUUGUGUCCAGAGGUGGCAAGUGUUUGGACAUCAAUGAGUGUGAGGUGAGAGACUCGUGUCAGCACGAGUGCAUCAACACCCCAGGAAGCUUCCGCUGCCUCUGUCCGUCAGGGUACCACCUCAUGGCCAACAGCAAAACCUGCCAAGACGUGGACGAGUGUCUGGAGCAGAACAUCCAGUGUGGAGCCAACAGGAUGUGCUUCAACAUGAGAGGCAGCUUCCAGUGCAUCGACACCCCGUGUCCCCCGAACUACCUGAGAGACAGCACCACAGGGUUCUGUCUAAAAAACUGUCCACCUAACGACCUGGAGUGCGCGCUGAGCCCGUACGCACUGGAGUAUAAGCUCCUGUCUCUGCCCUUCGGCAUCGCCGCUAACCAGGACCUGAUACGAUUGGUGGCCUACACGCAGGACGGGGUCAUGCACCCGCGGACCACCUUCCUGGUGGUGGACGAGGACGUCACGCUGCCCUUCGCGCUGCGUGACGAGAACCUAAAGGGGGUGCUGUUCACCACACGGCCGCUGUGUGAGCCGCACACCUACCGCAUGAAGGUCCGGGCGCUCUCCUACAGCGAGGACGGCGGCAUCGAGUACCAGACCACCUUCAUCGUCUACAUCGCCGUCUCUGCGUACCCCUACUGAGAGCACUUGGUGGAGACCCAGCAGAUUGAAAUGCAGACUUGAUGCGUGUGCGUGUCAGUGUGGGUGAGGCAAUUGAAUAGCACCACCCUGAAAACCUGUCAGUUUAAGAGUCUGGACGUUCAAUGUUUAAGUGUCUGCUAGAGGUGAACUGGACACUCGAGUCUGAUGAUGUCUGAUGCUUGUAAAGUGAACGUGUUCACCUGCAGGCAAAACUGGUGCCUUGACUGAUCGUGUAAUUCUUUGAACGACUCAUGACAUUCAAUAUUUGCAGGGCUUGAUCACGCAGUAUAUCAGUGUUAUGGAUGAACAAAGUUGUACUCCACCUUAAAGUCAAUGCUAAAAACUAGGACCGCUGAAAUUUCCCAUGACAUUGAAUGCAGCAUGUGUCUCAGAAGUCAAUGAUGUAUCCAGACAACUUAUACUGAUUUCUUUUUUAUUUAACCUUAAAGGAGUAAAAGGUGACAGUACUCACUGACCAAGUCAAACAUUGUAAGGUUUGGAAAAUGUGCUUUGAGCAGCAUGAUGAAAUGGUGUGUGUUGCACUCUUCUCGUGACUGUACUCAAAACCAACACUUCAUGAACCAAACUCAUAUGUAACACGGAGCUUGUGUCAGCUUCAGAUCCAUUUGUUUGUCCAGUUAAACAUUUCUUCUCUACCUACUCUUGUAAUUAACUUAUUAAGGACCGAGCCUGAAGGUGUAACUCAGGCCGUCCCUGCAUUACAGCAUCUUAAAUCAAGGCCUUUGUUGAGCAGCUGUGUUUACUCUGGACUUUUAUAAGUUGUAUUUUAAUUUUGAUGACUUGUACAUACAGUGUUGUUUCUCCUUACC